AUGAGCACUCGCCUUGAUCUUCUAUUCCUUAAUGCCGGUGUUGCUGGUAUAGCGCCUAGUCUCACAGAAGAUGGAUUCGAGGCUCAUUUUGGCAUCAAUCACGUCGGCCACACUCUCCUCACCCAGCUCUUGAUGCCCACGCUACUCGCCACGCAGAAGCUUCCAGAUUCAGAUGUACGUGUACUGGUCACGACGGGUAUUGGUGCCCACAAACUGGCGCCCAAAAAAGGUCUUCAACUGGACUUGAUGAAAACUACAGCGGAGUCUAUGAGUCCAAUGGCCCGCUCUGGCCAUUCAAAGCUGGCAAACAUUCUCUUCGCACGUAAAUUGGCACAAGUAUAUCCUGAAAUCACGACAACGAGCCAUCAUCCGGGGACCGUGAAGAGCGAAAUCUGGCAGAAAGCAGAUGGUGUCAGCAUGAUACUGAAUCUUAUUGCCAAAUUGGUCGUUUGGCUCACGGCAGUUUCGGUGGAAAAGGGGGCAAGAAGUGGUCUCUGGACUGCAGUUGCCGAGAAAAGCAGUAUCAAGAACGGAGAGUAUUAUGAACCGGUUGGGAUAAAUAAAUACCGCACGCAAAACGCGACCAGUCAAAAGUUGACGGAUGAGCUUUGGGAUUGGACCAACAAGGAACUGGCUGAGCAUGACGGACCUGGUUGGCCCGAGAAAUGA